CCCGAAAUUCCCAUGUCUUCUCUCUCCCUAUGUGUAUUUGUACGGUUGUCUGUUCUGUAACCAUUAAUUCCAUUUGAACCCACACCGUCUCUCCGAAUCGCACAAUUCUCAUCCCAAGCGUUGCAAUGAACAACAUAGAAACUGACGUGGGCCCCUCAUCCUACCCCUCGAGACUCUUUCAACGAAUCUUCGUAACAAUCCUCAUGAACCUGCUGUUCAACUGCAUCCGGCAUUUCAUCGUCAUGUCCUGGGUGUUACUAGAGAGCGACCUCAUCUGGGGCGGUGGAACAAGGUACCAGCGCCGGGUUCUCUAUGUCAAUUUUAUCUUUGUCGAAAUGUUUGUGUUAUACCCGCUGUGGCGCUACGUGUUCGUGAAAACGGGUACCUUUAAUGAAGCCGUCAGCCGUCGUACCAAUUUCCGAGUCUUUCAACGCACAGCAGGGUGAUUCCUCGGCCAGAUGUCGGUAUGAAAGAAGCAGCCAAAUACCGGGAGUUGGAAUGCUUAAGAGUGCCGGCGUUGGCAAAUAUGGAAAUAGUGUAAGUGUAAGCGAUGAAGUGCAUCCACGGGAAUAUCGAGGUCUCCCAAAUUACUACACCUUUUGAUACGCCGUUCAUUGUGCCAGCUCCUUGAUUAAUCUUGCUGAUAUGGUGCACCUAUGAGAUCUCAAUGACCUGACUGUUCUUGGCUUGGGUGUUGAAUCUGCCUUGGACCGCCUUAACCAAGCAUCAGGAGCUGAACAUGCUUAGUCUGCCUCCCGGCCGCAUCGAGAGCACGUAGUAAUGGACGAUUAUCUUGUCAGAUAGUAG